AUGAGGACGGAGAAAGAGAAAAUCGUCGAUGUUUGUGUAUAUGUUGACCGUCCUCCGUUGGACUGCGACGAAUUCGAGCGCUAUGUUGUGAACUUAGUACGAUGUGCGAAUAUCUCGGCCCUGGUGGGAAAGAACAUUCCAUCAGACCUGCUCAGAAAUGACCUGUUCCCUGACAUCGGCCGAAUCACCGUGGAGUCUGAGCUGAAUAGCAUCAACUUCUCGAUUGAUUGGGACGAAGUUAAAUUUCGCACACACGUCGUCGUUCUUCGAACAGAUGAGCCGGAAUCGGAUUUUUUGGAUGAUGGUGUAUCGAAUACAGAAGAAUGUGUAUCGUGUGCCGAGGUAUGGCAACUUCCCCACGCAAAUUAUGUCGACGUCUGGGAGUCCUUGGUUUUUGAAAGUACCUUGAAGAAUGAUCUUUUCAACUUCGUCGAAGCCUCAUUACUCUUUUCCAAACGGGGAUUACCUAUGCGGUAUCUCGGAAACAAGCUAGUUUUUCUUCAUGGACCGCCUGGAACCGGAAAAACGACACUGUGUCAUGCUCUAGCUCAGAAAUUAUCCGUGUACAUGAGCUCAACCUUUGAGAACUCGUAUCUGGUGCAAGUCAACUCGCAUUCUCUUUUUUCACGCUGGUUCUCCGAAUCCGGAAAAUUGGUCACAAGAUUAUUUGAUAGGAUCAAAGAAAUGGUCGAAAAUUCGAAGAACCUUGUUGUUGUGUUGAUCGAUGAGAUUGAAAGCUUAGCAAUGGUGAGGAAAGCUUCGUCAGAACCUUCGGACUCAGUGCGUGCUGUGAAUGCUUUGCUGACACAAUUGGACUCCUUGAAACGACACGAGAACGUUUUGAUUUUGACGACCUCCAACUUGACCGAGGCCGUUGACUCCGCGUUCUGUUCACGUGCGGAUAUCAAGCGAUACGUUGGUCUACCUUCAGUAAGAGUGAUGUACGAGAUUCUGCGCCAAAGUUGCUUUCAGCUGAAGCAGAGCAAAUGUGUUCGAUUUGAUGCCUCUGGUGAGAUGGAGGACAAAGAUUUUCUCCGAAUUUUCACUCCCGAGAGAGGACGAAAAGCCGAAUUGGCAGAGGCAGAUGCAAUUCUGGAAUCCUUGCUGGAGAAUGCGAAGUUAUCGAACGUCUGCAAUAGUUCUCGGAGUCCCGACCGGAGGAACGAGAUUGCGAGCGAAGAUGCGAGUUCUAAAUUGAAACAAAUCGCGAACUUGUGCGUCGGUUUGACACCGCGAACUCUCGAGAAGCUUCCGUUACUCGUUUUUUCGAAGCACGUUGUCUCUCAUGGGAAAAUUGAGAUAGAUUUAUUCCAAUACUUGGAGUUCUUGGAGCAGGAAGUUCGAGCUCAGUUUCGUGAAUUGAAAGAGUUGAACUCUGCUGUGAAUGGGCAUCCGAAUGAUGGCUUUUGUCAUGACGGUCGAGAUAGAUUUCGCAUAGCCAGACGAUCGCAGUGA